AUGUUCAUGUGCUUGGAGCUCCAAAACCCCACCUUUGCGGAUGGACGUUCACAUGUGAAUGCCAUGAAGCGGAUAGUUGACCUAAGAGGUGGACCCAAGCAGCUCAUGAAGGAAGCCCCGCACCUGAUCCCGUCGAUGGUGCUCUACUUAGUUAUCGUGUCUCUUUCCAACACGUGCAGUCCAUCAUGGGAUCAAGUCGACAUCAGCAACACUGCGGAGGAAAUGACGGAAGAUAUAACCGACGUGUACAGUCUCAUCUUCCCAUACACGCUCUGUCCGCGAGAGCUCUUCACUGAGAUAUUGCGGACGAAUCAGCUACGCGCAAAAGCGUCUGCAGCAAUACAGCUGUGUGAGUUCAACCCGGAUCAUGCACUCGAAGCAUAUGACGUCCUCGACCGCAUCAAGGCCUUUUCAGUCGAGGACUGGGCGCGAGCUGGCACCUUCUGCACCGAAUGGCUGACUGUUGGCCUGGUGUACAAAUCCGCCGUCGCGCUCUACGCCACCUUGUCGCUUUGCUCACUCAUGGUCCUCCCGACUACGCCUUCACUGCUCGAGAGCCAAACAGCUUAUGGCGACGUAUUACUCAGCAACCUCGGCACCGCACUCAAAGUCCCGCGCAUGGCUAAGUUUAUGGUCUGGCCGCUGAUCGUCGCGGGUGUAGAAGCUAUGCAUGGCGGGGAAGGAACGCGCAACUGGAUCGAGGCGAGCUUGGAGGAUCUGAGCAGGAUUCUGGGGACGAGUUGUCCGCUCAAAGUGUGUUCGGUUCUGAGGAGAUACUGGACGGGCGGGGUUGCGGGGUGGGACGAGUGCUUCGAUCGAUCGUAUGUGUUUGCCAUCUAG